GUACGCUAUUUUUAACUACUCCAUUACUUUGUAAAUCGUAGCUGCCUUUUUCUUUUGUAAGUCAUUUCCUCCUUAGUCCUUCCUCGGGUUUUUCCGUCUCCUUCCUACCAUCAACUCAAAUCGUAGUAUCAAGAUUCUUCCUUCCAUAUAUCGCAUUUUCUACAAUCGCUUAAUAAAACAUACGUGUGUCUUCCUCAAGCAUGAGCGCAAGGAAAAGAUGGGUACGUUCAUCACAAAAUCAUUCCUCUCCGUCUGAUGAAAAGGGAUCUCUUACAAAGAAUGUAUUUGGUUUUCACUCCAAAAAGUCUCAAAAAUCUCCUUUACGCGAUAAUAUAGAAGAUGUUGAAGAUGAGAACGAACAAACUCUCCUACACUCCAUACGGGAGUCCUCAGCGUCUAAGAGACAGAAAAAGGACAAAUUUCAAGAUGAUAUUCAAGAUUUUUCGUCUGAAGAAGAAUCAACUUCCGCCCCUUUAGGCAGUCAUGAUCUUCAUAAUUCAUCAGCUACCACAAAUUCAGGUGUCUAUUCUUCGUCCUCCCCUCGAACGUCCAAAGCCUUUUCUUUUCAGUCUCCCAAAUCCGUAAAACGAGAACAAGCCCUUCAAAAAUCCCCGGUAUCUGUCCAUCUGGCAAAGUUUUCUCAAGCAGCUACCGGAACUCCUCCUCCUAAACCAGUCUUUUCAAAUCGCUCCCCUUUCUUGGAUAAAAAGAAAAAAGAAUAUUCUUUACUAGAAUGUACCAAGGCUCUUGAAAGCCGCUACUUGGCACGCAUACACCAUCAUGAUUUCCAACAACUAAAUUUCUCUUCCCAAAAUAUUGCUGACCAGUAUGACAAUUUAUUGUUAGUAGAUGAAAAUAUAGUAUCCGAUUCACGAAAAAAUUAUCUACUGUGCAAAAAGACCCCUGUCGAAUCAGAUCGACCAUUUUCGCUUUCCUUGCCUCCUCCCGUGUAUAGUAACCAAAUUGGUUCCAUCGAUGUUUCUGUAAUACCUUGUUGAGUUACCAUUUGCCUUACUUAGUUCUGCUUGUUUCUUUUUCUUUUGGCAUUCUACUAAUGUCAAAGAUGUUUCCGUUUGCAUUUACAUCUCAUUCAUGUUUACCUUAAUGAUAUCUAUGUCUUAUUUUUAAAAGCAUCUUCAUGUUGUCAUAUACUCUUUUGAUUUAUUUUCAUCUACAUACCCAAUUCUUCUUUCAAUCUUAAUGUAUAUAUUUUUAUACUUUUUAUACUUUUUUUUUUUUUUUGCAAAUUAAUUUGAAAUUGAUUUUACAACUCAACCU